AUGAUGGAAAGCCACGACGACUUCGAAAGUCAGAGCCAACUUCAGAGAGCGCUCGCCGACAAAAUCACAAACUAUGCGCCGAUCGAGGAAAUCCGCUACGUCCUUAUGCGUGGAGCACAGGUUGAUGGACAAGUCACCGCCGGGCUGACACCACUCCAUUACGCCUGUUAUAUCAACUACCAGGCUGCAGCGAAACUUCUAUUAAAUCUUGGUGCAAAGGUUCAAGCUGUUGACAAUAUUGGCUGUUCUGCGCUCCAUCUUUGUGCCGAACACGGACAUUACAGAAUGAUCAAGCUGCUUUUACAGUACAUGAAGGUCGUUGAACAGUACGAGACUCCCGAGUUUCGCGUUGGAGACAAAUAUCCACAACGAGAGAAUGUUGACGAGCCACUCCGACUUGCAAUCAAGAAUGGCCACUAUGACUGCGCCCGUCUACUCCUUACAAAUGGAGCUAACGCAAAUGCCAUCUAUUUCGACGGGCCUGAAAUCACUCAAGUGAGCCCAUUGGACACCAACUUCUUGGAGCUUCUCCUCGAAUUUGGAGCCGAUCCAAAUGUGUUCGACCGUAAGGGUCUCACUCCGAUCAUGAAAGCGUGUCGUAUGAAGGACAAAGGUAUUGAGGCUAUCCGUAUCUUGUUGAAGUACGGAGCUGACAUCAACAAGUUGUCUCCAGAACGACAGGAUCACAGAAGUGCCCUCCAUUUUGCACUUCUUUCUGGAAAUCAUGACUUGGUGAAGUUCCUUAUUGCGAAUGGAUGUAAUGUGAAUAUGGAUGAAAAGUACGAGAAACCAUCUCCAAUUGAUAUUGCUGUUUUGAAAGAUGACCCUAUUCUUCUCAAGAUUUGUCUUGAUGCCGGAGCCAAUCCAAAUGCCGUUCACACUUAUAUCGGAUCUUGCCUUCACCUGGCUUCCUGCUCUACACUUCUCAACCAAUACAAAAUCAUCGAGCUUCUCUUGGAACAUGGAGCCGAUAUGAAUCUCCAGCACCAAUUCCCAGAUGGCUCCCGCUUGAAAAGCCCAUUUGUUGAGUACUUCCGUUCCAAUGACAGCAUCGAUGCCAAAGUUGUGAAGCUUUUCAUCACUCAUGGAGCCAAGGUUGUCAUGAGAAACCCCCUCCAUGACUGCCGUGGACAACUCCGCAAUGUUCUAAAAUUGGCUGCUCUCCAGAAUCAACCAGAAGUUUUGGAACUUCUUCUGGGACUUGGUGAGCAGUACGACAACAAAGCAAUUGAGAGGCUUCCGUUGCCUUCUGAGUUGAAGACACAUAUUAGUGAGAGAGCCAAAAAUCCACACAGUCUUCAACACUUGUGCCGUAUUCAAAUCCGUGACACCGUUCAAACGUCAGAGUACAAAACCCUCCCAAUUCCAGAGUUUCUAAAAGCCUACCUCUUGGGAUUGAUCCCAUAG